UUUUGUCCAUUAGCGUUCCCUUCUAAAUCUCAAACUUCUCUGUAGCCCAACUUUCCCUUCCAGUUCCAGAUCCUUCGUUGAUUAAUUCUGUGCCCUGUCAGUCUCAGUUAUUUGUUUCGAUUUUGUUUCUGUUUCGAGUUGUAGAUUUAAUUAGAAAGGUUGAGGUAUGGCAGAUUGGGGUCCAGUGGUGAUAGCAGUGGUGCUGUUCGUGCUGUUAACGCCUGGGCUGUUGUUUCAGAUCCCGGGAAGAGACCGAGUUGUUGAGUUCGGGAAUAUGCAGACAAGCGCUGCUUCCAUUAUGGUGCACGCUAUUAUCUACUUUGGCCUCAUUACCAUCUUCCUUGUCGCCAUUGGCGUCCACAUCUACACGGGCUGAAGUGCACUGUAAAUCCCUUUAUUUUUUUUUUCCAUUUUUACCCUUGAUCUGUUUAAUUUAGUCGACUGUGUUCUUCAUCCCUGGUGUUGCUUGAUUUUGUAUUAAGACCGAUUAGGCCCUCUUAGGCAUUAGAAAGGGCUUUUGCAUUUUAGCAAAUACUUUUGUAUGCAUUUGUCUGCUAUUUGCUUUUGCAAGAAGAAGAAGUACUUCUUAGUUCUUGCUUUGCUUCUCCUUA